CAACUUAUGAACGACAACAGAAAUACCCCCUAUAGCCCCAUUAAUGACUACAGAAAUACACCCAAUAGCGCCGUCAACGACUACAGAAAUACACCCAAUGGCAUGUCUGGCACGAGACUGUUCGUAAUUAAUCAGAUGCGUGAUAAUCCUUACGGUUACACUUUGCAAUAUUACGGGCCCCCUGUUCAAAAUAAGGGCCACAUCUACAAUUUCCUCGACAAGCUUCACAAGACAAAGGACGAAUUGUUGGACAAGAUAAUUGAUUUCCCAUUUAGGCACAUCAAUUUGCGGGGAAACAUUAACUAUGCGAAUGACAUGCAGAGCAACAGAUGGAUGCCCAAUAAUAUACGAGGUUGGACCAACGGUCUGGGAGACAAACUGCCAAUGCUUUUAAGUGACCGACGUGGGAACUCCAUGGUGGAUGACGACUGCUGUGGACGUAGAGACCGACGUGGGAACUCCAUGAUGGAUGACGACUGCUGUGGACGUAGAGACAAUAACUUAAACUACCCUAAUUACAACAGUGAUGCGGUACCUCAUCUGUAUUCGUCGCGUGCGGUCCAGCCUCAUCCUUGGAUGGGCCAGGAGUUGAAUUCCAACCGUCCCGACAAUAAUAUGCACUCACAUUCCUGUCAUGCGCAGGACGCAAACUCCAACCGACUGGGAAACAACAAUUAUGCAGACGCAGUUGAUGCGCACCCUCAUGUUUGGGACGUGAAGGAUGCAAGACCCAGCCACCUUGACAACAGGAUGGCAGCUUGGUAAUGACUGUGAUCCCUCCGCAUCGUAAUUUUAUGAUUCUUCAAAAGCAACUGUCACCAUGGAGCGUUUUAUAAAAAGCUUGGACUAUGAGAAAGAAGAUAAUGAAAGAUUUCACUUUUAUUCUGAUUUUUUCCUUGAUUUGUAACUGCAAAUAUAAAUUUUAAAACCGAAA